ACUGAAAUACAUCAGCACUGUUUUUCUGGCAGGAUGUGGCAAAGGAGCUCGACUCAAUGAGGAACGGCUCAUCUCGGGCCGCAUAUUUAAAACAAAAGGAGAACGCUUCAAAAUCUUGAAGGGAUGUUUUAUCUUUUAUUUUGUAGCUUUGAUGGUGUGAAGCCAGUGAGUCUAGCUUAGUUAUAGGCUGUUUUGAGUUGUCGAGGAAAUGCCCCUUGUCAGCAGGUAUAUCAGUUUCCGUACAGCAAAGCGGUUUAAAAUACCCAGUGAUGGAUGAUGACUGAAGGGUGCGUGACGUUCUUUGGCAGUGGGAUUCUUGGCCGUGGCUCUCAGCGCCACGUAGUAGUGAAAGUGCAGCAGCUACCCAGUAGACGGCGGCGUGCUGCCGGCCAAAGUGAAGAAAAGCAGGAGCGGCUUCGGCAAUGGCAGUAUGAGGAAGGCGGAGGCCAGGAAGGCCUUGAGCCUGGAGGCUGCGCAGCUCGAGCUGCAGCACAAAACCAUCACCAGACAAGAGGCCAUCAGGUCACAGACGUUCGACGAGGACACCCUGCCAGGCUUUGAGAGGACGGACGGCACACAAACCAGUUUCACGAAGCACAACAAGACAUUCCACAAGUUAUUUCCAGACAUUCCGCAGAGUGAAGACUUGAUUCACGCAUACAUCUGUGCCCUGCAGAAGGAAGUGCCCUACCAUGGACGACUGUACAUCACCGACACCAAUGCCUGUUUUUACUCCUCCGUUUUGCUCAAAGACACUAAGGUGGUUAUUCCAGUUUCCAGCAUCCACUUGGUGAAGAAGCAGAACACGGCUUUACUCGUUCCAAACGCCUUGUCUAUUCGCACCUCAGAGGGAGACAAGUACCUGUUUGUGUCGCUGCGUAACAGAGAAUCCUGUUAUCAGCUGCUGCGUUCAGUGUCUCCUCAGCUAGAGGAAGGCAGCACAACUAGUAGCCCUGUUUUCUCCUCUGCUGAAAGCAGCUUCGAAAAGAUCAAACUUGUGAACUCCAGCCAGUCCAGUCUGGACGACGGCUUCCACCAGUUCGAUGGCUCUCUUGACUCCCAAUCUCCACAGGACCAGCUUGUGGACAGACCAAACAGAGAGGCUAAAGGGAAUGCACCAACGUUCAGGAGCCUACACAUGGCGGAGCAGAGUGAUUGCUCAUCCUUUGAGGAGCUGUCAGUAACAGACUCUUGUGGAUCAUGGGUUUGGAACGUGACAGGAAAGGCCAAGUCCCUGCUGGUUCAGAGGGAGGCCAGCACCCUCAACACUCUACUCUUUAUUUACUUGAUUUUGGUGGUGCUGCUGCUGCUUUCAUCUGGUUACAUCGGUCUACGUAUCGUUGCCCUGGAGCAACAGCUGACAUCGUUAGGGGCGCUGUCCGAUUUCACUUUACAGAGCGGGUACCAAGACACAUAACACCUGUGAUUGGAGGAUUUUUUUCGACCUCAUGUAGCCGAACGCAAUGCAACAAAAUUCAAUGUGCUCCCAGUUCGCCACGAGCUGUUGGCCGGAGGACAAAUGGACAACCUGUGCAAUUUUUACCACUUGAAGGGCUAUACACUUCCUCAUCGUGCAGCAAACAACUGGACACGGAGGCGUGCUUAAUAAUGGACGGCGGACGCGCUGCCCGGUUGCAGCGUGUCCGCCGUUAGAAUCCAAAGCACCGCGGCUCCAACCUGGCAAUGCGCCCUCUUAAAAAAGUGGACGGUCACGUUCCUGAGAGGAAACUGUUGCACAUCUGAAGUCACGUGACCUUUUUGACACUUCUGCCUGUGCAUGCAGUCUGAACAGGGCUACACCGAUCAUCAUUAGCCUGCUGAAGCUCUUACAGCAACAGCGCAGUGCUACGCAUUUACCAAAGAGGCGCCCGGUGCACGUCUUUCGCAUGGAGUGCACGGAGAUGACUGAUUUUCUGUCACUUAUUUAUACGUUCAACUAUCAGCAGAAUCUCUCCUCCAGUUAUUUCGAGUACUUUACUGUCAGGGCGUGAUGUUUUUCAUCCUUUCGCUCGAUCUCUAAUCGGAAGUGAUCGCAGUAUUACUUCCCCUGUCUUUGGAAUGAUUUAAACUAAUUGAAUGAUCCAUGUUCACAGGGCCGUUAUUUCCACUGCAGCCCGAACUGUGGAUGGAAUCAUAAUGCACAAAUACUGAAUAAUAAUAAUAAUGAGACAUAAGGUUGUCUCCGAGGCAUUGAUGUGUUUUUUUUUGUUUUUUAUUGUGUGUGUACAGCUUUUCAACGGCUUUUGUCUCAAAGAGCAUAUUUACUAUGUCUGACUAGUGUCUGUCAGUCUGACCAAAUUACAAACCUUUCUUUUUUUUUAUUAUCUUUUAACGACCUAUUGGCUAUUUCUAGAAUCUUCAGGUUAUUUAAAGUAGCACAAAUAAUUUAUAUCUAAUGUUUAUGUAUUUGAUUGACACCCUAUGUAUGUGUAUUCUUGCCAGAAAAGGAGAUUUUGCAUCCACACUUGCUGUAAGGUCCAAGUUUUCAACAGCAGAACAAGUGGUCCCGAUAACAAAUUUCAAUAUGCAACAAAUUGUGAUGCAUGGCAAACUGUAUUUCAUCUCUUGUGCUAAAUGGGGCUUGAUGGUUUUGUGGAACACAUUGUGUAAGAAGAGAAAAAGAAAAGAUGUAAGUGAAAGUAACAGCUCAAUGGAGCGAGUGCACUUUAAGAAAUGUGUUAUGUCUGUCAUAUUCGAGACAUGUUUGGAUUAAGGAGAAAUGGCAAAGCUGGCGUUCUGUGGGAUCUGACGGUGCCAACGGUUUUCACUCAGGGGUGGUGGGCACUACCUUCCACGUGGGUUUAGGUCAUCAGCGUCCUCUUUCCUCAGCCGCAAAGUGCUCGUUUCACGUUUAGUACAUCUGGGCGUUGGGGAUUUCUCUUUUUUUUUUGAUGAAAAACACUAUUCGUUGAGAUUUACUUGACUGUAUAAAAUGCUUCAGCCCCCCCACCCCCCAUGACUCUUUUUAAACUAUAACCUGACAUAUCCACGCUACACCUCAAUGAUUUAACAUCCCACUUGUUGUUCACAAGGUGUAGCAGUAUGCUCCAUUCUGUUGGAAGAGUCAUCCUUAUUUGUGCCAACAUGUCAUAUUCUGUACUUUCAGUUGUUGCAAUCCCCCACAAGGGGGCAGCACACACAUCUACCGCCCUCCGUACAAGAAUCUCCAUGAGGGCAGUUUGUUUGUGUGGUUUUGCACUAUUCAAAGUGUUGUAAAUAAUUUUUAAUCAAAGUGGUCUCUGUGAGAUGGCUUUGAGAUGUUCAAAAUAAAUCAAAUCUUUGCAAAGUAAAUGAAC